AUGUCUGGCAGAGGAGUAGAUGAGGAGGAGGAGGUGGCUGUGACUCACACAGGACCAAAGGGAGUGAUUAAUGACUGGCGGAAGUUUAAGCUGGAAAGCAUGGACCAGGAGUCUUUGCCUCCCAACAAGAGGGAGCUGCUGAGACAGAUGUCAUCGCCACACAAACCAAAAGAUGAUUCCUUGGGUAGCCUUAACCGCAAGAUGAGUGUCCAGGAGUACGAGCUGCUCAAGGAGGACGAUGAGCAGUGCUUGCGCAAGUAUCGCAAGCAGUGUAUGCAGGAGAUGCAUGAGCGCCUGAGCUUCGGGCCCAAGUUUGAGGGUGUGUACGACCUGGACAGCGGUGAGGCCUUUCUUGACGUGAUCGAGAAGGAGCACAAACUCACCAUGGUGGUGGUGCACAUCUACAAAGAUGACGUCAAGGGCUGUGAGGAGCUCAACAACUGCCUGAACUGCCUGGCCACUGAGUACCCCACCAUCAAGUUCUGCCGCAUCAAUGCGGCCGCCACCGGCGCAGGGGAACGGUUCUCCGACGACGUGCUUCCGGCUGUGCUGGUGUACAAAGCUGGAGAGAUGCUGGGGAAUUUCCUAACUGUCACGCAGUACUUCAACGAGGAAUUCUUUGCCACUGACGUGGAGGCCUUUCUCAACGACUAUGGACUGCUGCCAGAGAAAGAGCUCAGGAUGGACGGGGAGGAGGCAGAUGUGGAGUGA